CUGUACCUACUAACAUAUACAUACUAGUGUGUAUAUAAAGAGUGAUAUCGCUGACAAGCCGCCAGACAGAACCUCACAUUUCUCCACACUCAGAUAACGAGUCUUGACAGCCUAUACAAUUAAUUUCAAAUUAUAAGUUUUCUUUAAAAGUCCAGAAACAACAUUAAACAGCGCUGUGAUGGUUCUAUUUUAGUUAUUGUGACAAAGCCGAAUGGCAUAAAGUGUUCAUUCGUGUGUAUCCGUAUCGGCUAUCGUACGUGUGUGUCAGACUGAUCAUGUGAUAUAAACCUAACACGGAAGUAUAUAUGUGAAUGUUUACCUUAGCCGACAUAACAACACAGCAGUGGCAUUUUGACGUUCUGAAGCAACAGUUAUAGUAUUCUGCGAAGACCAGCACUAUGGCAGGUUACAGUUCCGUUCUGUCUGACCAGGACUCCCCUACCACCACGUGUGCUCUGUGUGACAGUCAGGACAACGUUAACUGGUAUUGUAACGACUGCCAGGACGCAUUGUGUGACCGAUGUAAGGCGGCCCAUACACGCGGGAGGAAAACCAGAAACGAUAUCGUCGUAUCGAUAGGGGAUGCUAACCGUCAGGAAGACAAGCCUGUACCAGAGGUAUGUAAACUACAUCCCGGUGAACUGUGUGACAUGUACUGUUGUGAUUGUGACACACUGAUGUGUUUGAUGUGUUUUGAGCAAACACAUAAACAGCACAACUGGAAACGUUUUGAGGACGAAUUUACCGCCAGAAAACAACGUUUAAAAGAGCAGAUGGCAUCACUAUCUGCUAUCAUUGCCCAUUCUGAGAACCAGCGGUCAGAGCAGCAUCGCGCUAAUCAAUCGGUUAUAGACAACCUUGAUAACAACAGCGUAGAGGUAAACUUUCAAAGGACAAAGAUAAAGGCAGAAAUAGAUUCAAUUGCAGAUGCAGUGCUGGCUGAGUUAUCGUCCUUGGAGGAAGAAGAAUCUGCGAUGCAUGAGAAAUAUUGUGAAAAGUCGGAGAAAAAGGUUGAAGAGCUGACUCAACUGUUAGAAAAAAUGGAAAUGUUGAAUACAUCGAAUGUAUCGAGGCUUGAGAUAGACAAGUUAGUGAGCACAACAUUAACCUCGUGUGAUGAAGACGAAGAUGUGUUACCAAAACUACCAAAUUUUGUUUCUGGAGAUGUCGACCACGAUAACCUCAGGAAAAUGGUGGGUGAAUUUAUUCCUUAAGAACCAAUAAGAAGAAAUAUACAUCAAAAGCGAACAGAUGCGAUGCCUUUUUGAGUUAUAGCGUUACUCGCUUACAGUUGUGUAUUCAGUACAUGUUUAACUGACGACAGCAACUCCUUAUUGUCAGAGUAUUAAUACAACUUGCUGGUAUACAGGUCGUCGCAUCGACAGUGGAACAGUGAUUCAUAAAUUAACCCAAUCACCAUCGUCGUGAUAAAUAUAUACUUUUGACCAGUUAUCUUAUUUAAACACUCUCUCUUAACAGAAAGAAAUGGCAGUUGUUACCAAUGACAGCCAACAUAAAGAAAACCUUUUUUUUAUUAACUAUAAUCAUCGCCAUUGUCGUGAUAAAAAGAUAAAUUUGACCAGUGAUCUUGUUUAAACUCACUCUCCAAACAGAAAUGUUUACGGCUGUUACCAACGACAGUCAGCAACAAAGAAAUAUCAUUAUCAACAGCAGAGACGAUGUUUUUUUCUGUUUUUGGUUUCAUUUGUUUGUUUUAUGAACUGAACUAUAAUCCUUCAUCAACGAAUUAAGCAUAAAUUGACAUAUAGUUGAUAGAUAAAUAAAUGACAUGCAUUCUACAGAGAAAUUAUAAGCACACAUUAAAAAAAGGUUUCUCGAUGGAGAAAGCCAGACAAAGUAUAUGUUUACUGCACAAUAUGACCAUUUAAAUCAUUUAUGACUCAGCGGUGGUACACGAAGUCAUUAGAAUAGAAAUACAUAUCUUAUGUGUUUCAAAAUAUAUGUCGAAAUACAGGAAAGGACAUAAUGUAUAUAGAAUUACAGGAAAUGGCAAAAAAUAUGUAACAAUACAGGAAAGGGCAAAAUAUAGGUAGAAAUACAGGAAAGGGCAAACUAUAUGUAGAAAUACAGGAAUGGGAAAAAUAUAUGUAGAAUUACAGGAAAGGACAAAAUAUAUGUGGAAAUACAGGAAAGGAAAACGGUCUGUAUAUGACCUUCAUAGCGUUACAUUGUUUAUUUUAAUUUUGGCUACAGCAUAUUAUAUAGUUAGGUAUCAUAUGUAUUGUAAUUCAUUUCCUUGUCUGGUUAUAUUAAUAUGAAUGCUUUAUUAUUUUGAUAUGUUCUUAAUAUCAAGAUGUGUAGGAGAUAAUUCCCAUAUGUAUCUUAUUGAAGUGUAUCAUCUUUGUCCAUGUCAAUCACAUUCAAGUAAAUGACACCAUGAUGACUUUUACACCUUACUACAUUUAUAAAGAUACCCAUUAAAUACCUUUGUAAAAUUAAUUUGCCCUAAGUUUGUUACUCUACAUGGUACUCGCGCUGCUACAUUUGUAGAUUAUCUGUUGUUAUUUUGAAUACCAUAUAUAUAACUCGGUUUUAAAGAUGGAAUCACUGGUGUGUGUUAUGUUCAUUUCUCAAUAAAAAAAUCAAGUACA